AUGCCGGCCAUCCUCCGCAGCGCCCACGCCGCCCCCAGGCUUCCGCGGGCGCUCGGCUCCCGCGGCGGCAGCGGCGGCAGCGAGGGCGGCGUAGACGUGCCGGAGCUCGGCAGGCUGCGGUGGCGCCAGUUUCGGGCGCUGGCCGCCUUCCUGAACGGCUCGCCCAACGAGGACCUCGCUCCCGGCGACCUCCCGGACCUCGGGGCCCUGUCCCCGGCCGGGCUGCGGCGCGUGGUCUCGUUCGUGGGCGAGGAGGCCGCGCCCCGCCCGGGCAGCGCCUCGUCCACCCCGUCGCGGCCGGGCAGCUCGGCCGCGGGCAGCUCGCGCCCGAGCCCGCGGGAGUGGGAGGUGGACGACGCGGCCCUGCUCCGCCCCGGCUGGGGGUCUCUGAGGGGCCGCGACUGCGCCAUCUGCUGCCAGCCCUUCCGCGCGGGCGGCGUGGAGCCGCAGGCGCUAGCCCUGCCGUGCGCGGCGCGCGGCUGCCAGUGCUUCUUCCACGACGGUUGCAUCCGCCCGUGGCUGGAGCGCAAGCCGAGCUGCCCCCUCUGCAGGCGGGACCUGCGCGCUGUGGUGCGGCCGCGGGCCCCAGCCGUGGGUGGCGAGGCGCGCUGCCGCCCCGCCACCUUCCGGACCGUCGUCGCGGACGGCGCUGCCAUGGGGACCGCUGGGCCGAGGCCCGACCUGGACCUCUUGGACGAAGGCGCAGGCCGGUCGCUGAGCUCCAGGCCCGCGCUGCUCGAGGAGGCGCCCGGCGGGGCGGCGGCCACCUUCCGGCCAGUGCCCUACGGGGACAGCAUCGGCCGCAUCGAGAGGAUGGGCAACGAGGCGGUGGGCGCACUGAACUGGCUCGCGGGCUUUCGGAACGGACCGACGUACUUCGACCCCGAUCCGAUGCAGCUCGAAGUUUUGGAGCGGAUCUGCGACUUGGCCUCGCGGCGGUACCCGGGUCCAGAUGCUCUCAGUGAACGCGCGGCCGUCCGCCGGUUGCUGCGAGGGCAUGCGCCGUGCGAUGGGGCGGGUUGCCUCGCCCGUGUUGCGCCCUUCAGAAAGGACCUCGUCUCGUUGGCCGAGACAGUGGAGGGGUGCCCGCCGUUUGAGGACGUGGCCCCCCCCGAGGUCCAGCGCUUCCUGAAGGGGCAGCCCGAGCGCAUGCUGCGCGACGGAAGCCAGGCACCAACUGUGAUGCCGUACUUCGACCCGGCGCUGAAGCGGAGCGCCAAGACCCAUCGACAUUUUGUCGCUGACCUGCGGCGCCGUGGCCUGCCGAGGUGGGCGCGCCGCCCCCGCUGCCAGGCGGGCCUCUUCUUCGUGGGGAAGGACAGCGGGAAGCGGCUGCGCCUCAUCCUGGGCGCGCGGCCUGCUAACGAGCUCUUCGAGGCCCCGCCCGGCGUGGAGCUCCUCACCGCGGAGGGCCUCGGCCGAGUGGACUGCUUCCGCCGUCUGCAGCUCCCGAGCUGGCUCACCGAGUACAUCUGCCUCCCCGAGGUCCCCGCCUUCGUCCUGGGCGUCGAGGGCCAGCUCUGGGAGGGCUGCCCGCUGGGGCGGCAUGGCCUGGUGAGCCCCUGCUGGGGGGUCUUCCCGAUGGGCCUCACCUGGGGCCCGUGGGCCGCGCAGCGCAUCAACGAGCGCAAGGCCGCCCGUCUUGGGCCGGCGGGCCCUGUCGGCCAUGCUGCCCACUACGUCUGCGUGGACAACCUUGGCGUCGCCUCUACCUCGCGGCCCUUGGUUUCCGACGCCGUGCAGCAGCUCGUCCGUGGCUUCGACGAGCAGGGCUUGGUGUUUCGCGGCAGCUCCGUGAGCGUGGAGGCCGAGGCCCUAGGCCUGCUGAUCUUCCUGGCGAGCGACUGGGCGCUGCAGUGGAAGGAGCUGGUGGUGGCCACCGACAGCAGCCUGGAGGCAGGGACAGCAUUUACCACCCGCUGGCCCCACAGCAUGGUGGCCGAGGCAGGCCGCGUGCAGGGGAGGGCCCGCUCUCGCGAGGUCGCUGCUGGGCCGCUGGCGGCAGAGGCGCCUGCUGGUGCGGCCUGCGCUGGCGCCAGCUGGGGCGAGUGCCCCGCAGCUGCCGCGGCCUGCUCCGACGAGCGCAGGGCUGACCCCGGCGCCGCGCCGCCAGAAGACACCGUCGGCGGCCCAGCGGACUGGCAGCGCCAGAUCGUGGCCGACAGCGACGGCGACAGCAGCACCUCCGACGAGCAGCAGGGCAGUGCGGACGGCCAGACCUUUCUGGAGCGGCGGCCCGCCUUCCUGGAGUUCUGCGACGCGGGGCCGCGCCGCCCGAUGCGCUCGCCCGCGCAGGUGGGCGAUGCCCUCGUGGACUACAUGAACGCGUUGUUCUUCAGCGGCCACGAGUCGUCGAAGGGCGACCAGGCGAUGGCGGGCCUGAUGUACAGGUUCCCAGAGUACUCGACGCAGGGCGAGUCCAAGACGCCGCGAGCUUGGCGUUGCCUGCGGGGCUGGCGCAAGCUGGCGCCUGGGCGCAGCCGCCGGGCCUGGCCGUUGGCCCUCUGGUACGGGCUGGCUUGGCGCAUGGUGGCGCGUGGGGCGCUACAGAUGGCCAUCUUCCUGCUCGCCAUGGUCUCGGGCUACUUCCGACCCAGCCACCUGCUCUCCUUGACGCGCGGCAAUUUCAUCACGCCUGCGGGUCUGGCAGACGUCGUGGUGAUGCUGGACAGCGGCUGGUUUCAGUGUACCACGCCCAUCUUCCGCGAGCUCGCGCAAGGGAUUCCAGAGGAAGAGGUGUGGGACUUCAGUUACUUUCAGUUCCUGAAGAUGUUUCGGAUGGCGCUGCAAGACCUGGGUUCGUGGAGCUUGCUGCCGGCCUCCCUGCGCGACACUCUGAACGAUUGCGAAAGUCGGCUCGAGGACAUUCUGCUCGGAAAAGGUGCAGGGGUGAUUACCCAGUGA